AUGCGGCACCACACACGCCCCCCGGCAAAAGGUCUGGGGGUGGCCAGCCGCGGAGACAGCAGGGGCGGCCACGGUAAAGGAGGAGGCAGCUUUGGUCCGGGCAGGGUGGCCUCUCGAGGUGCGCUGCUGGCCGUCCUCGUCGCUGCAGUCUCCGUGUCGGUGGUGGUGGUGGUGGCGAUCCUCGUGCUGCCGCCGCGGGGCGUGGCCUGUGGUGAAGAGACGGUGGAAACCCACUGGGGCCGCGCGGUGCGUCGACCACCGCAAGCGCGGCUGCAGCAGCUGCCGCCCCUCCCGCUGGCGCCGCAAGACGCGUUUCCCGACGACGGGGCGGAUGUGUUGGCGGCGCUCUCGUUUCUCCUCCCCGCCGCGCAGCGCCGUGGGCGGAUGUUGCGGCAGCUGGAGGAGGUGCUGAGCUUCGGCACGCGCGUCGCCGGCUCCGCCUCGCCGGGGCGGCGGAAAAUGCUGGACUUCAUCGUCGCCGCGGGCCAGUGGCGGUCCCCACGUGAGGCGCUCUUCCACCCCACCGCGCCGCCGCCUUCGCCGGCGUCGAAGUGGCGACUGGAGUGGGACAACUUCACGAGCGCCACCCCGCUGGGGCCGCGCAGGUUCUCUAAUAUUGUAUUUAACUUUGCGGGCGGCCACGCCUUUCGCCGGGCGCGUGCGCAGGAGGCCAGGAACCGAACAACGCCGCGCCGCCGGCCACGCCGCUCCUUUGCCGCAGCGGCAGCGGAGGAAGACGGGGGCGGCGGCACGCGGCGGAGGAACAUGGCCGAUGAAAAGCUGCGGCACGUCGUCCUGGCGGCCCACUGGGACAGCAAGUACUUUGCCGACAUGAACUUUCUCGGCGCCUGCGACUCCGCCCUCCCGGUGGUUUACCUGCUGGAGACAAUGCGGGUGAUCACGGUGCUGUCCGACACCAGCGACGUUCUUCGCGCGGCGGGCAAAAUGGACGCUUGUGCGCAGCUGCGUCACGUCCUCUCGCCUGCGUACCGCACUCUUCUUCGCUACUACUACGCCGACGACGACGACUUCCUGCGCUGCCUUUCUGGCGGCACGGCGCGUGUGGCGAGCGCCGCUGAUGCCUGGCGAAGGCUGCUGCGCCAUGUGGACCACCUCCCCGCUGUGACGGUGAUGUUCUUCGAUGGCGAGGAGGCGUUUGUGAGCUGGCGGGGCGACGACCACACCUACGGCUCCCGACACCUGGCGCAGCAGUGGCGCGAGACGCCGUCUGCGGCCUCGCGUGACGCCGCCCUCUCGCGCUUCGACGCCAUUGACCUCUUCGCACUCUACGAUCUUAUGGGGCCCGCCGGCACGCAGUUUCAUAAUUACUUUCCCGACCAGAGCGGGAUGGCGUUUGCGCUGCUCGCCGAGGUUGAGGAGGCCCACCGGCUCCGCGCCGCCCGGCUUGCGUGCCUUUCGCAGCAUUCGAUCGAUACGCGCGGCACGUGUGCGCCGCAGCUGCCAGAGUCCUGGUGCCGGCACGGAAGUCCGCACGACAUGUUCACCCUGCACGGCCUGCCGCGUUUGGUGGGUCCGCUGCUGCGCUGCGGCGACCUGGCGGAGCUGUGGAUUCCGCCGCCUGCGCCGUGUGCGAGGGGGAGUGCGGGUCGCCCCGCGCGAAAUAUUUUUUUCCCUCUGGAGGAGAAGUGGGCACGGGGCCCGCGGCUCACUGCGGCUGCGGCCGUGGAGGAUGACCACAUCCACUGGAUGGAGACGGAGCGGGUCCUGCACCUUAUCCCGUGGCCCUUUCCGCCUUCGUGGCACACCGCCGGCGACGACGGGAGCGAGAUCGACCCGGGCACCGUCGUGGACCUCUGCCGGGUGCUCGAGGAGUUUGUGCUGCGCCUCGGCGAGGGGUGGAUGCGCAGCUGA